UAGCUGCGAAUACAGCAACAUUAGGACUCGAUAAAAUGCUGCUAGCUCUGUUUGAAAUAUAACUAAUUUGCUUAUACCAGUGUUGCCUGCAUUGAACAUUUAUUCAGGUUACCUAUGCUGAAACGCCCUGUACCACCUGUGUUCGUUGUCUUCGCGUAGAUAAUGCUAACAGUUCGCGUUGGUUGUGCAGAGCUAUCGUCACCUUUAGCAGCUGUAGCUUGGAAUGAUUAGCUACUACUCUGCAAUCAAGCAGCGUCGCUCUACUCUCACCGAGCCGGAUGACUUGUAACUGUUUACCUGCAACCCUUAAAGACCAAAUGGCUACUGACAUAACUAUGAACUUGGUGCCGGCUCCUCAACCUGCCCCGGCUGCACCGCCAGACCCUGUCCCAGGUUCACCUCCUGUUCUGAUCUCAAAUGCAAUCCAAGAUUAUGUUCCCAGCCAGAAACCUGUCAUAGCUGAAACCCCUGACACAGCAGUAACAUCAGAACAAGAGGCGGCUCCAGAACUUACCCCUGCACAACCUAUGAACAUGGCUCCAGGUCUCGUUCCAAAUUCGGAGGUGCCCCUAGCCCCUCUACCACCACUGCCCCCAGUCAGCGCCAAGAACCCCAGCUGCAAAAUCAUGACCUUCCGACCGACCAUGGAGGAGUUUAAAGACUUUGCCAAAUACAUUGCUUACAUGGAAAGUCAGGGGGCUCAUCGUGCAGGUUUAGCAAAGGUGAUUCCCCCAGAGGGCUGGAAGCCACGGAGGUCUUAUGACACGAUUGAAGACAUGGUGAUUCCAGCUCCCAUAAUGCAGGUGGUGACUGGUCAGUCGGGUCUGUUCACCCAAUACAAUAUCCAGAAAAAAUCCAUGACUGUGGGCGAGUACCGAAAGCUGGCUAACAGCAAGAAAUACUGCACACCUCGCCACAAAGACUUUGAUGACCUAGAGCGGAAGUACUGGAAAAACUUGACAUUUGUAUCUCCUAUUUAUGGCGCGGAUGUCAGUGGCUCUAUCUAUAAUGAGGACAUUCAAGAAUGGAACAUUGGACAUCUCAACACGCUGCUGGACAUGGUGGAGCAGGAGUGUGGUAUCGUCAUUGAGGGCGUCAACACGCCCUAUUUGUAUUUUGGCAUGUGGAAGACCACGUUUGCUUGGCACACUGAAGACAUGGACCUCUACAGCAUUAACUACCUGCACUUUGGGCAGCCCAAGUCCUGGUAUACUGUCCCUCCAGAGCAUGGCAAGAGACUGGAAAGGCUGGCACAAGGUUUCUUCCCUGGCAGCUCUCAAGGUUGUGAUGCCUUUCUCCGCCACAAGAUGACGCUGAUAUCUCCGUCCAUCCUGAAGAAAUACGGAAUCCCUUUUGAUAGGGUAACACAAAAUGAGGGGGAGUUCAUGAUCACCUUUCCUUAUGGCUACCAUGCCGGCUUCAACCAUGGCUUUAACUGUGCUGAGUCCACCAACUUUGCCACCCUGCGCUGGGUGGACUACGGCAAGAUGGCUACACAGUGUUCCUGUCGUAAGGACAUGGUAAAGAUCUCCAUGGAUGUGUUUGUGCGCUGCCUACAGCCCGAUCGCUAUGAGCUCUGGAAGCAGGGUAAAGACACCACAGUGUUAGACCACCUUAAGGCAACAGAGCUCAACAGCCCAGAGCUGGAGCGCUGGAGGGAGCACCGGGCUGCAUACCGAGUAAACCUCCUGCAAAGGGCAAUGCAGAAGAUGAAACUGUUCAGGCGUUUGAAGCUGGAAGAGGUGAAGGUUCUGGCUGAGGAGGGAAUUGAGCUGAAUGCUGUUGAGUACCAGCGCCAGGUGGAGGUGCGGGACGCUCAGCGAAGACAGGAAAGGGACGAUCGUCUAGCCAGAGAGGCCAUAAUGACCCUGGAGGCCAUGGAGCGUGAGGAGCAGGAGGCUGCUGCCAAAGCAGCAGAGGCUGCAGGUGUAGAGGUACAAGAACUAGAGGCCAAACCACAGACCUUGACAGAGGACACUGAGAAAAAGAAGCAGAAAAAGCAAAAGAAGACGUCAAAUAGUAGUAAUUCAGUCAGUGGAUUCCAGGAAGUGUUUCAAGAGUUUGCUACAUCUGCUAUCAAGGAUUCAAAGAAUGUAAUGCUCAGCGGUCAAGUGGGGAAUCAGCUAAACCCAAAGCAGAUAGAAUUCCCAGAAGAUAAGAAGUUGGACGUCAGUGCGUCGCAGGCUUCCUACCCCAAGAUGAAGAUGCCAACAGAGGUGAAGAAGAGUCGACGCCACCCGCUCAGCAAACCGCCCAUGCGUUCCCCUCUGUCCAUAGUUAAGCAAGACCCAACGAGCGACAAAGACUUAUCCUCCUCCAUGCCGUUGGAUAGCAGCAUGAAGAAACAGGAGCACCUGUGGCAAAAUCACUCGCCCAACUUCCUGGCAGAGAAGUCUUUUAAUGCUGCAGUGGCAACUCUGCAGCCUUACUGUGCUGUGUGUUCACUCUUCUGCCCCUACACAAAGAGAAACAAAGACCUCUCUGCUGUGGGAGACGCCCAGCACACUCCCAUUCCAGGACGAGGCAGUUCUACUCGUCCGCUGGUGCCAGAGAUGUGCUUCAGUGUGGGUGCGAACACGGAGCCUCCACCCACCAACUCUCACAUCGGGGAAGAUGGAACCAGUCUACUGCUUCACUGUUCAGCGUGCGAGUUACAGGUUCAUGCAAGUUGUUACGGCGUGAAGCCAGACUCUAUAGGCGAUUCCUGGAUGUGCUCCAGAUGUGCGGCUGAACACUGGACAGUGGAGUGUUGUCUCUGUAACUUGAGGGGAGGAGCGUUGAAGAUGACCACAGACAACAGGUGGGUCCAUGUCAUCUGUGCCAUUGCUGUGGCUGAAGCUCGCUUCGUCAACGUGAUUGAGAGGGAGCCGGUGGAUGUCACUGCCGUUCCAGAUACCCGCAAGAAUCUGAAAUGCGUGUUCUGCCAUGGCAGCAGUGCCACCCAGAACCGUGGCGCCUGCAUCCAGUGCUCAUACGAGAACUGUGCCACCUCCUUCCAUGUCACCUGUGCCCAGAUUGCUGGAGUAGUGAUGACACCUGCUGACUGGCCUUACGUGGUGUCUGUCACAUGCCACAAGCAUAAAAAAAGGGUCGCCACGAAGCCACGGACACCCAAACCACCCAAAAGCGCACAGAGUCUUACACUGGGCCAGAAGGUGAUUGGUCGAAACACUGACGGCUGGUACUAUCACUGCAUCAUCAUCGGCAUCGCUACACAGACGUUUCUCGAGGUCAACUUUGAUGACGGGUCAUACUGUGACAACUUGCAUCCAGAAAACAUAUUGAGCCAUGACUGCCUGCGCAAUGGUCCUCCUGAUGUGGGGGAGUUAAUUGUGGUCAGCAACCCAGAGGGUCAGGUCCUCAACGCUUCCUUUAUCAAGCAGCACACUCACAAGCUGUACCAGGUUGAGUUUCAGGACCAGACUCAGCUGUUGGUUAAACACUCGGACAUCCAUCACCUGGAUCAAGAGCUGCCCAAGAGGGUCCGAAGUAGACUUGCCAUUCCGUCGGCCCAAGAAGACUUGUCUUCAGCAGAUGAAGCCCAAGCAGCCAAACGGCGCUGCCUGCCUCCUAGCUCCACGUCACCUGCUGACACCCCCAUGGAAACAAUUGCGCCGUCCACCAGCCCACUACCUACGACGCCAGUAGCCACACCAGCAGCAGAGCUUCAUAGUAUUAGUAGAGCACAAACCUCAGAACCUCCGUGUCAGCCCAGCACAACCCCACAGGAUGCCCCUGCCCAAACCAGCCGUAUUCAAAUGGCCCCAAAGACCCCAAUGGACACGAGUGUUGCCCUCACCAACACUGUCACAGAGUCAGCCCUGUCCUUGGACCCCACGCUUACCCCGGACACCACAUUGAACUCUGAUCCCCUCCUGACCGCCACGACCCCCUCCCAGCCGCCCCAGCCCAUGCCUGACGGCUACACGCCAAGCAGCGGCUACGUUACCUACAUGGAGACGCUGCUCCAUUCCCGUUUCCCUCAGGACGAUGGCCCCAGACCCCUGUAUUAAACUCCACUAUGUUAUUACUCAGCCAACGGAAGCUGAGCCAAUAGGAAGUAAGCUAAUGGAGGCAGAAUCUACAGAGUGCUGAUAAUGGGAAGAAAACAUUUCCUGGACACGGACACACAAGCACUCUUUUAAUGCAUGUUGCUUUUCUAUUUUUGAUUUAAUGUAUUUGCAGUGGUACUUCAGCCUGCACUGAAGGAGCAACUAAAGAGGACAAGGUUUUUUUUAAUUUGUAAUAUUAUUUUAAUUAUUAUUAUUAUUACUAUCAAUAAUGAUGAUAAUAUUGUGUGUUGCCUUUUUAUUUAGCAUUUUCUGUCUUUAAUUAGCUGCUGUGCUUGUGCUUCUUCCGUCUUAAUAUGAAUAUGUCUCUGGGUGGUAUCAACUCCAUACCUCAUUAAUUAAUUAAUGAAUUAAUUAAUUAAUCCAUUAACGCCACACUCCUGUUUUGGUUUUCUAGGGGCUAAUAAUACUGAUGGCAGCCUUUACAGCAGUGAGGCCUGGUAUGCCCCCCCCCCUUUUUUUUCUCCUUUUUUUUUUUUUAAAGAAAUAACCAGCAACAAAAUAUAUUUUUGGACACUUUGAAACCGUUGGGAGAGGAAGCGUCACGUUGUUCACCACACACACACACACACACACACACACACACACACAGGAUUUUCCCAGGACGGUGUUUUAUUGUCAGAUUGCAGGAGGUAACCUGGGGAACAUGUAUUGUAGGGGUAACUCAGUAUUUAAAUGUCUUAGCUAUUGAAAGACUUAUUUGUAAUAGACUAAUUGUGUUGAAUGCAAACACUAGUAGACUUGUAUGCAAGAUGCAUUAAAAUUUUGUGAAGACGUGUCACAGUAGUUAACGAAUGAGACCUUUAUGUAUUGACGUCAUUGGUGGCUGCACUUCUCACUCGAAUGCGUCUCAGGGUUCCUACAUGUGAAACAUAAAUCUUGACAUAACUAAGGAGUUAAGAACAACCAACCACUGAACUAAUUGGGACAUGAACAUGUAGUUUAUAUUAUUGCGUGUUCUCAGUUUUGUGCUGAGUUAUCUGUUUAUUGUCAAAUGUCCUGUGAUGAGGCCAAAAACAAGAAGUUAAUUUAAUAUAUGAAAGGAAUUUUCUGAUAUUUGGAAAAUGGAAAAAUAUGUAGGAACCCUAAGUAAAGGAAUAUUUUGUACUGUUCUUGGUUAAAAUUGUAUUGUAUAAAUUAAUAUUGUAUAUUGUUUAAGCUGUCUGUUUUCUAUUACUAUAUGCUUUUUAUGUUCGUUUUCUGAAGUGGAUUCACAAACCUGGCCAAUCUAAAUAUUACUUCCUUUGUUUUUGACAGAUUUUUCAGACCUAUUAAUUUGUACUGAUAACUGCAGCUUUUAUCCUUGAAUAUGUCACGCGGUGCUACAGAGAUAUAAUACUACUGAUGGAUUAAUUUCUCAACACUCUCUUUGUAGAUAUCUCGGACCAUGUGUAUUGUGAAUCCGAUUUGUAAAUGUCAUUUAUCCACCCAAGCCCCCUUCCCCUUCCCACCACCACUACAAGUGGAAGUUUCCAAACUAAUAUCAAUCAUCAAAAUCUUAUUUCAUUGGGAUUAAAGUGGGUUGCUAGUCA